GGCCUGCGUGUCAACACCAUGGCUGAGUCUGGAGGAUGUCGAUGGUGUUUCAACAACAUCCUCUGGUUUACUGCUGUCUACAGUAUGUCGGCACUGUUGCUGGGGUCAGUCAAGCCCUACACAACGUCACAGAUCACAGCACUAGAGAAACAGUUUGGACUCAGCAGUACAAGAAGUGGCCUCCUUCUGAGCUGCAACGAAAUCGGUUGUCUUUCAGCUAGUUUCUUCUUCAGCCAUUUUGGAGGAAGGGGUUGUAUACCUAGGAUCCUGUCCGGCGCAAUGGUUUUGUAUGGUAUUGCUAGUUUAAUGUGUGGUUUGUUACAUUUCAUGGAUCCUGUAUCGUUCCCUUCUUUAGAUGCCUCCAACUAUUCUUCUUCACAAGGUGCUAGAUUGUGUCAGGAUUCCGUACAGGAACAUGAGAGAUGCCCAGCCACGAAGGACCAAGCCACUGACAACGGACGUUGGAUGUACAAUGUGCAGGCCGUGCUUAUGGUGUUACUAGGAGUGGGUAAAUCCCCACAGUUUUCCCUGGGUCUACCGUACGUUGAGAAUAAUUCCAGCGACAAACAGCAGUCGAGUUUACUGACAGGCAUCAUUAUGGCGAUAGCUUUCCUUGGACCAGCUGUUGCACUCGGUCUUGGUGGAUGGCUCAGUGACGUCCCCAUUGAUCUAAGCGAGUCCCAAUUACACAGCCAUCACCCCCAGUGGAUAGGAGCAUGGUGGAUUGGGUACCUGAUCCUUGGAUGUGCAGCCAUCGUUCUUGCUGUACCCUUAGGCUUCUUCCCAAGGCACAUGAAGAAAUCAACAGUUAAAGAUAUCCACACGGCCACGUCACUGAUAAAGGAUAUAGUGGGUGGGGACGAAUUCCGCAAGAGAGACUUAUCCAGUCUGUCCCGAGACGUGGCCGAGCAGGAAUUGCUGCCAAUGAUGGUCAUACAAAACUUGCCAAGGUCAAUAUUGCGGAUAUUGAAGAACCCAGUAGUCGCCUGUCUUCUCUUUGGGAACGGCAGUGCUUUGUUUUUUGUUGGAGGCUAUUUCAGCUUUGCUCCAAAAUACAUCGAGACCCAGUUUGCGAAGACGGCAGCUGAGGCGAACUUCAUAUUGGGUAUUCUAGAACUGAUGUGGGCGUUAGUGGGCACCCUUCUUGGAGGCAUAAUCACCAGCAGAUUCCGGCUUACCAGCACUGGAUGCAUGAAGCUCACGACCAUACUGGUAUUUAGUGCAACUGUCCUCUGCUCUCUAACGCUGGUUUUUGGUUGCGACGAUCAGAACAUCAAAGGUCUAGGUGACAGCAGAUAUUCCAUGGUAAACGACACUGUUUGCAACUGUGGUGCAACGGAGUACAUGCCACUGUGUGGAGUUGAUGGAGUGACGUAUAUCAAUCCCUGUAUGGCUGGAUGCAAGUCUCAGAACGGUACCACAUACAUGGGGUGCAGCGAGAUUCCUGGUAACGAAGGCACAGUGGGCAAAUGUCCAUUUGAUUGUCCCUACCUGUAUCCCUACGUCAUCGUUGACCUUGUGUCCGGCCUGUCGGCGACAAUUUCCUUAGUCCCUGUGAUGCUGACACUAAUGAGAACAGUGCACCCGAGGGACAAAUCCAUGGCUGUGGCUAUAUCGUCUUUCCUAAGUAGUUUUGUCGGUUAUCUUCCAGCACCUAUCGUUUAUGGAAAGGCCAUUGACACCACGUGCACUCUCUGGGAAACAAGGUGUGGUGAGGUCGGCGCAUGCGCAGUGUAUAAUCUCCCAAGCCUACGACACCAUGUGAAAGGGAUGGACACGGGAUUUCAAAUUCUAUCGUCAGCUGGCUUCUUUGCAGCUUUCCUUUUACUAAAAAAUGGGGUCGUUGAGGAAUAUUCCGAUUCAGAUGCACCACAAACCCAACCUGAAGAAUCAGAAGAUACUGAGAAAUGUGAUGUUCAGCUUACACAGUUUUAAAGCUCCUUCAAGAUGGAAACGGAACUGUGUUCGUAUGGGACGUAUAUAGAAUGAAUAUGUUGAUUAAUCCAAUAACUAAAAAAUGGACCAAAUACAAAGAAAACAGUAUUCCUGUAUACUGUAUAAAUAUAACACUCUUCAGCUACAUAGGUUAAAACAUCAAGUCACUCUUUAAGGAUAUUCUUAAAGGAGAGAAUAUACGUAGUAGUCAUUAAUGUAAUAUAUAAUGUCAACGUGUGUCUUUCUUGUUAAAGCACAGUUUCCAUUACUGGGUUCAAUGGCUCAUCAUCAUUGGUCUAUUCCGUUAUUUUUCUGUCAAAAAUUAAGUUGUAGGACUAAGUUCAAUUUUCCUUGACUGCACACACGCCUGUUCUCUAACCCAGCGGGAAAAGUACACAGUGGUACAACUUCUUUUAGUGGCAUGCUUAGAAGUUGGUGAAUCAGACAAACAAGGACGAACUUCUUUAUUCGGAUGAU